AAUAUUUAGGACUAUAUGGGCUUAGCGCAGGCAUGAACUAAAUUCAAGGCCCAAAUGAUUUUGCAUUAAACCGAACCGUUCGAUGGAACCAAUUUAAACCAAGAAUAUUUACGAGAAACCCAAACCAUUAUUGUCACUUGUUUUUUCCUCUUGCUCUGAGCCAUCGUCUUCUCCAGAGCUAACAUCAAAAAAGCUUCUUCGAUCUUCUUCCUCGUGUGGUUUCCAUUUCGAUUCUUCAUUCCGAAAAGACAAUGGCUACAGCUACGUAUCCACCUCCUCCACCGUAUUACAGACUCUACAAGGAUUACUCAGAAAACCCUAAUUCUGCUCCUGAACCUCAUCCUCCCAUUGAAGGCACCUACGUUUGUUUCGGAGGCAACUAUACUACGGAGGAUGUUCUUCCGAGCUUAGAAGAACAAGGAGUGCCUCAACUUUAUCCCAAAGAUUCUAAUGUUGAUUAUAAGAAGGAACUCAGGUCACUGAAUAGAGAACUACAGUUACAUAUAUUGGAGCUUGCUGAUGUUCUUGUUGAUAGACCUUCUCAAUAUGCAAAGAGGAUUGGUGAAAUUUCUUCAAUCUUCAAGAAUUUGCAUCACCUUCUCAAUUCCUUGAGGCCUCACCAAGCGAGAGCAACGCUUAUUCACAUUAUGGAACUUCAAAUUCAACAGAGGAAACAAGCUGUGGAGGACAUUAAGAGGAGAAGAGAAGAAGCACAACGACUUCUAAAGGAUGCUUUCGUCACUUUGGAUGGAUAAUAAAGUGUUGCUUUUUUUAACCCAUUUUGUGUAAAUUAGCGCUAAUAAUAACCUUUGCCCUCGAAACUCAUUUUGAUUGUGUUUAAUUUGGCAAUCAACCAAUACACUGUAAGAUCCUGUGUGUGUGUGUGUGUGAGAGAGAGAGAGAGAGAGAGAGAGAGAGAGAGAGAGAGAGAGAGAGAGAGAGAGAGAGAGAGAGAGAGAGAGACAGACGUGUGCAAUCUCGCGAUUCAACAAGUAAGCAGUGUGGUUA